AUGUCGAUCGGCAAAGUGAGUGAAUUCAACGUCAAAACGGGAAACUGGACUUUAUAUGUUGAGAGACUAGAAAUGUACCUUAAGGUAAAUGCAGUGAAAAACGAAAUGUGGUUGCCGACAUUAAUCGCCGGUAUGGGAGACGAAGCGUACGAAUUAUUAAGUAAUUUAACAAGUCCGAUUAAACCGGGAGAUAAAUCGUAUCAAGAAGUGGUAAAAAUACUUCAGGAACAUCUUCAACCGAAACCCUCGUUCAUGGCGGAGCGAUAUCGUUUUCGACAAAGAAGACAGUUGAGCGGAGAAACGAUUCCGCAGUAUAUAACCGAACUUAAGAAAUUGUCGAAACACUGCGAGUUUCAUUCAACUCUAGAGGACAAUUUAAGGGAUCAAUUGGUGUGUGGGCUAAGAAGUGAUGUCAUCCGUCAACGAUUAUUCGCAGAAGAUAAUCUGAAAUAUUCCGUAGCUGUGAGAAUAGCUUGCGCUUUAGAGGCGGCGGAGCGGGAUUCGGCCGCGGUGGAGCAGGCGGGUGACGGCGACGGGCUCGGCGGUAGCGGCGCGGACAGCGCCUUGCAUGCGGUGACGUCAUCGACAAGCCGCGCUCGAACGCGGGAGCAGGACAGCGCACCGAGGGCUUUUAAAGGUCGAGAACAUGGCGGCGGUAAUGCGCUAUAUUGUAGCGCGUGCGGGUCGAGGUACCACCGAAGUGAUGAUUGCCGCUAUAAGAAAUUCGUGUGUGGUAAAUGCAAACAGAGCGGUCAUCUACGCCGGGUAUGUCCCAAACGAGGGGGGUACACGGGAAAUGCGGGCUCCCGACGCCACAUGUACCAUGUGGAGGCGGCAGAGUGCGAGACACCGUCAGCGGACGACGAGCCACCAUCCGUGGAAAGUCAAACGGAGUUACAGGAGGAUCUACACCAUCUAUGUUUAAAUAGCUAUAAACCGGUGAGCCUAACAUUAUUAUUAGACGGAUUUAAACUUAAUAUGGAAAUUGAUACCGGGUCGGCAGUGUCUUGUAUAAGUAAAGCGACUUAUAAUAAAUAUUUUUACACUAGACCUAUGGACAAGUUCGAUCUGGUUCUAAAAUUUUAUGAUGGAAGUCGAAUCAAACCUUUAGGCAUCAUCAAGCCCGAAGUUAGAUAUGGAAAUAUAACAAAGCACUUAGAACUGUAG